AUGACUUAUACAAAAAAAAAAGAAAAAAGAUAUCAAUUCAAUGACAAACAUAUAGAAAAAGAAGCAGAAAUAUAUUUUCAUCGAAUGCGAUUUCAAAUGUGUGAUGAAGAAAAACCGCAAAUCACCAAACAAUAUAUUUUUCUCAUGUUCAUGAUUGUCAGAGAUUCUUGUGUCAACUUCAAUACUCUAUUUCAUCGUAUCACGUUCGUUCUAUUAUUUUGUAUUGCAAUAUUGUGA